CUGGACCUCCAGAGGAAGACCAGACCCUUCUACGGGAUCACUGCUUCGACAGAAUCACGUUGAUCACUCCAACAGCCACCACCCUGACCAACAGGGUGUCAGGUUAUAUCCCGACUCUAACAGGAUUUCCCACUCCCAGAUCUUGACUGGAUGGAGGAGGAGGCUGCGAGGAAGAGGAAGGAUCCCUGGGAUAAGCAGGAAGGGAAGGAACUGAGGAUGGAGACCAGGGAGGAAAAAUCUGCAUGGCAGAACCUUGUGAAAGAGGCCGUUUUGAGUGAUUCUAGUGCACAGGAAUCCAACAGGGAAGAAAAACCUCAGACAUCCCACAUGAGGAGGGGCUCCAAACCCAGCCCAGGGUGCUCUGAGGAAGAAAGACCCUCCCUGAGCCAGGAAGGUGGACAGAGCUUCAGCCAGAGUUCCGAGCUGGUGGCCCAUGAGCAGCUUCCUGAUAAGGAGAAGCCCCACAAGGGCUUGGAGUGUGGGAAGAGCUUCAGACAGAGCAGCACCCUGAUCCGCCACCAACGCAUCCACACUGGGGAGAGGCCCUACGAGUGUGGGGAAUGUGGGAAGGGCUUCAGCCGCAGAUCCGCCCUCAUCACCCACCAACGCAUCCACACUGGGGAGAGGCCCUACCAGUGCCCCACAUGUGGGAAGAGGUUUCAGAGCAGCUCAAAUCUCCGUCUACAUGAGCGGAUUCACACAGAGGAGAGGUCCUUCCGCUGCCCUGACUGUGGGAAGGGCUUCAAGCACAACUCCACCCUCAUUACCCACCGGCGCAUCCACACUGGGGAAUGGCCCUACGAGUGUGGGGAAUGUGGGAAGGGCUUCAGCUGCAGCUCCGCCCUCGUUACCCACCAACGCAUCCACACUGGGGACAGGCCCUACCAGUGUCCCACAUGUGGGAAGAGGUUUCAGACCAGCUCCAAUCUCCUCCUGCAUGAGCGGAUUCACACAGAGGAGAGGCCCUUCCCCUGCCCUGACUGUGGGAAGGGUUUCAAGCAAAAGUCCCACCUCAUCACCCACCGGUGCAUCCACACUGGGGAGAGGCCCUUCGAGUGUUCCCAGUGUGGGAAGAGCUUCACCUGCAGCUCUGCCUUGAGCAGACAUCAAUGGAGGCACCGGUAAGGGAAGCCCUGCAAAUGCCACAAAUGCAGGAACAGCU